CUUCCCAGCAGGCCAUGCGCUGACCCCUGGAGAAAAGAUGGCGACGGAAGUUCAUUUUUCCUAGUCCGGAAAAUAUGGCAUUUGUAGCGAUUUGUUCUUGAUUUACAGAGAAGAUGUCAAGUGAAACACCAGAGUCAUCAAGUGGUAGCUCGUCUGUCAAUUCCAGUCCUUCUAAACAUGCUGUAUCAAAUGGCAUGGGCCACAAGAGUCUUCCUCCUAUCAAAGUCAACAUCAGGCCAUCCCAGUUACAGAAGAAAAUAGAGAAACAAAGAGAAAUCACCAGGAGAGUACAACAGUCGAGUCAUGUCCUGCCAGUCCCUGCCCCUCCCAUCGACCAACAACCCAAGAAGUCUUUGAUUCUUCCAAUAACAAGAUUAGCAGUCCCUGAAAGAUCACCUUUAUCUAGUGAGAUGGACCACAGGACAGCUGAGCAGAGACCCCUGGUGGAGAUUGACACAGACAGUGAAGAUGAAUUUGAAGUGCCAAGUACUGCAUCUAAGAUCAAUGGAGACCUGAAGAAGCAGCUUUUGAAGGAUGGUUUCAGGCUGGAUGAAAUUCCUGAUGAUGAAGACCUGGACCUGAUCCCCCCACGGCCGAUGAAUGAGAGAUGUGUGUGCUGUCACACCCAAGUGGGAUGCUCUAUACAAUGAUUUUGACGUCGUAGUGAUAUAAGAGUACUGUGUAAAUAUGAGAUUAUGUAUGAAAUCUAAGUGGUACAAUAUUAAUGGUUAUGUUGUAUAUGAUGCAGUAAUGGAUCGAAUGAUGGGGAUAUAAAGGAUUUACAUAUUAUUCAAAAUGUGUUGCAAAGGAAAGCAUAAUAAGGACUUCCUUAGAAGCUUUUAGCAUUACUAUCUAUAAUGUAAAUGUUUUGCUUGAAAAACAGAAGUGUGUACAUAUACUUGCAUAUGGUACACACAUAUGCAAUUUUACAGACAUUUGUUCAAGCUCUAUUGUACAUUUUCAAGCAUACUACUGUACCUAUAGGUGUAAUCAUUGUUUUGAGAGAUUAUUGAAUAUUUUAUGUUACUUUUGCAAACCUACAUAAUGGGCAGACUUCUUAAGGGACAGGCAAACUUUAUGGGAUUACUGAUAUUGUAAGAAAUGCCAACUCCAAAACUGGUUCUCCUUGGAAUUCCUGAUGUGCAAGAUGUUUCCCUCAAAUGUAGAGCAAAGUUGGUAAAUAUACCUGCCUCAAACUUCA